UCCACAACCAUUUUCACUCACCAACUAAUUCUUCUCAUUUCUCAUACAAAGCAUACAGAGCUACUCCUCCAUCUCUUGGAAAUGGCUCACUUGGCUUUUGUUUUUGGCCUUUUAGGCAACAUCGUGUCAUUCAUGGUAUUCCUUGCCCCAAUUCCAACAUUUUACCAAAUCUACAAGAAGAGAUCAACCGCUGGGUUCCAAUCGAUCCCAUACAUCGUGGGAUUGUUCAGCGCUAUGCUGUGGAUAUACUACGCGUUUCUGAAGCCCGACACCACCCUCCUCGUCACCAUCAACUCCGUUGGCUGCUUCGUGCAGUCGGCAUACAUCUGCUUCUACCUUGUCUUCGCGACAAAAGACACUAGGAUUCAAACCGUGAAGCUGCUGCUUUUGUUGAACGUGGUCGGAUUCGGACUGAUUAUGUUCCUAACUCAAUUCUUUGCAAGUGAAUCAAACCGCGCCAGUAUUGUGGGAUGGAUUUGCCUCGUCUUCUCACUCUGCGUGUUCGUCGCGCCUCUAUGCGUCGUGAGGCAAGUGAUAAGAACGAGGAGCGUGGAGUACAUGCCGUUUCUUCUCUCGUUUUUCCUAACCCUAAGCGCGGUUAUGUGGUUCUUCUAUGGGUUGUUACGCAAAGACUACAACAUUGCGAUACCUAAUGUUCUGGGGUUCAGCUUCGGAGUGAUUCAAAUGGUGCUUUAUUUGAUCUACAAGAACGGGAAGAAUGGCGGUGGCGGCGUGCAAGAGAAGCAGGUGUCGGAAGUGAUAGAGAUCAAGAUAGAGGAGCAGAAGAUUAGUGAGUUGAAGGAGCAGAUCAUUGAUGUUGUUAAGCUGGGAGGAAUAGCUUUGGAGAUUAUACCUUUGGUUGCAGAGGAAGGAGGCAUUAUUCUUGGAGGGGAGAAAACCUGCAUCCCAAAAUGAUGGGGAUAAGGGGGAAUCAUUUGCAUGUGUUGAAAUUAGUUUGAUUUGUAAGUGGCAUAAGUGCCACAUUAAUUGCUUUCAUUUUCUAGAGUUUGCAUGGGAUUUGAUUGAUGCAUGUUAAUUAAUUAGUUUGGUUGUGCUUAGGUGUAUGUCAUUUGUUAAGGUCAAGUGUAAUAUAUGCUUCAAUUAAUUAAUCAACUGCUGCUUUAAUUUAUAAUUA